AUGUCACAAGAGGAAUCAUUGAGUCGGAAGGAGAGGAAGGCGCAACGGGAUGCUGAACGGAAGAAGACUGGGAAGAAACGCAAGCACGAAGACGUCGAGGAGCCCAAGGCGAAUGGCGACGAACUACAGGCCGACUUCAUACCACUUGCUGUAGGCGCAGACGGCUUGGGCGGUGGGAAGGACAAGUCGAAGGCGAAGGAGAAGAAAUCGUCGAAGAAGCGCAAGCACGACGAGCCCGAAAAGCUGGAAACUGUCAAGACGAAGGAUAGAGAGCUAGGUGACGAUUUCAUCCCGCUGGGUGUAGAUGCGGAUGAGCUGGGGUCGAAGGAGAAGAAGUCGUCGAAGAAGUCGUCGAAGAAGCGCAAGGCACAAGAUGCUUCUGAGGACCAAGGAGACACUGCGGACAGGGUGCCCGACACUAUUACGCCAAAGCAGAAGAAGCGCAAGAAGCAGACGACUACAGACGGCGAGAACGGCGGCGCAUCCACCAACGAUGACGACUCCAAAUCCAAACACCGCUUCGUCUGCUUCAUCGGCAACCUCCCCUACGACACCACCGACGCCUCCCUACAAGCGCACUUCAAAAAGCUCUCCCCCUUCACCCUCCGCCACCGCACCGACCCCAACUCAAAAAGAAGCAAAGGCUUCGCGUUCCUCGAGUUCGAAAACUACGAUCGCAUGAAAACGUGUCUGAAACUCUAUCACCACAGCAUGUUCGACCCCGCGACAGCACAACAAGCUGACGGCGAAAUUGAGGUUGCGGAGGAGGAGCCGAAGGCGAAGAAGGGGAAGACGAAGGGCGCGAGGAGGAUUAAUGUGGAGUUGACUGCUGGUGGGGGCGGGAGUAAGGAUGUGAGGAAGGAGAAGAUCAAGGCGAAGAAUGUGAGGCUGGAUGAGCAGAGGCAGAGACGGGCGGAGGCGGAGAGAAUUGAGCGGCUGAAGGAGGAGGCGAAGAAGGGCGGUGGUGGGAAGGAUGAGGGCAAGAGGGCGAGUGGUGGGAAGGGUGGGGAGAAGAAGAGGGUGGAGGGGCCGAAAGAGGGUGGUGGUGGUGAUGUUGGGGUUGGAGCUGCUGCAAUGCAUCCUAGUCGGCUGGCGAGGAUGAAGGCGUAA